CAUGUUUAUUGAAAGCUCAUUAUAAACAUUUCAUAUAUUAUAUUCAUAUAUAUAUUAUAUUAAUCGAUUAUAUUGAUUUUUUUUGUGCAGACAAAAUAUUUUUUAUUUGUAGUACAGCAGAUACAAUUGGACGAGAAGGACGGUUGUAAUUAUAUCUAACGACCUCUAGAUGUCACUGUUUCUCCACUUGAUUACUUCACCGUCUCCCUUUUCUGAGUUUGUAUGCAUGUUGACAUGAUAGCAAACCUGUAAAUGUUUGAAAGCUAUAAAAACAGGAUAAAAUCAAAUGUUAAGGGCUUGUACAAAAGCAAACAUUUUCAAGUCUAUCGAUAAAACGAGGCCACGUGACAGCUGCACUUUAUGUUUUGAGUUUUUGACUGGUUGGCGUCACGUGGGAACAAAACUUUCACUUAGAUUUUUUUUCAACAUGUGCAUUUAGCAUAUCUUUAUGAUUUCAUAAAGUAGAUAAUUAUGUUGGGGUCUUGUACAAAAAAAAAACAAGAAUUUUUUUUUCACAGCUGCAGUUUGUCAAUCAAACGUGACCACGUGACCUGGCUCAUGCCACAACACUGCAGAGCGGAAGAAAUCAGGCGUUCGCCUAAAAAUUCUAGUUCUGGUCUAAGAACGUUGGUAUCAACGGCAAAAUGGUCACGCUGUGCAGCUACGAGACUACCAAGCUGGUCCGCAUCCACAGCGUCCCGCUGGGCACGCUCAAGUGGAUCCUGAACGCAUCGGUGCUGCUUUUCAUAUGCCUGUUGAUGUUGUGGAACAGGAAGUACCAACAAUUUGAUCAGGUGGUCAGCUCUGUGACCGCAAAGGUGAAGGGCGUGUCGCACAUGAAGUUGCCCAGUGAGGGGGCCGUCAUCUGGGACGAGGCGGACUUUAGCGGCUCCUUGCAGGACAAGAACUCUUUCUUUGUGGUCACCAACAUGAUUGUGACCAAGCACCAGAAGCAAGGAAGAUGCGCUGAGUCACCUUCUAGUGGCCGGCGGUGCCAACAUCACAAUGACUGCAAGCAAGGGGCCUGGGACCAGCACAGCCAUGGGAUACAGACAGGCUCGUGCAUCAAGUUCGACGCAUUGGACAGAACGUGUGAGGUAGCGGCUUGGUGCCCUGUCGAAGUCAAAAGCAAGCCGCCAAGGCCUGCUCUGCUAGCGUCUGCUGAGAAGUUCACAGUGCUUAUCAAAAAUAAUAUACGGUUUCCUGCCUUCAACUUCAUCAGGAGGAACAUCUUACCUGAGAUGAACGCAUCCUACCUGCGUGGAUGUCAGCGGGCGAACGACUCUUUGUGUCCAAUUUUCACCCUGGGAGACAUCGUCAACCGGGCCGGGGAAAACUUUUCAACCUUGGCGGUGGAGGGGGGCGUGAUAGGCAUCCAGAUUAAAUGGGACUGCAAUUUGGACCAUCUGACCAGACACUGCCUGCCUGCCUACUCCUUCCGACGUCUGGACCAGAAGGAAAGCAACAAGACCCUCUACCCUGGCUUUAGCUUCAGGUACCAUUUCAAGAGUCGAAUAUUCCUCAACGUGAUUAUUCACGUUUGUCAAAUGAAUGUCAGGUUUGCAAGGUACAAGCCGGUGAAUGGCGUGGAAGAGAGGACUCUUUACAAAGCUUACGGCAUCCGCUUUGACAUCAUGGUUUUUGGACAGGCGGGAAAGUUCAGCAUCAUUCAGCUUAUCCUCUACAUUGGCUCAACCUUGUCCUACUACGCUAUGACGACAGUUUUGAUGGACUGGGUGAUCAGAAGCAGCUGCUGCGUGGCCGAGGCGGGACGGAAUUACUCCGAGAGGAAAGUGGAGUCCAUCCCGGACAAAAAGGAGUGCAUCCUGUGCGUGUCGUACGUGGACGAGGACGACAUCCGUUUGGUGAAAAUGUCUCAUAAGAAACGCUUACAGGACGUCAAGACCGUUCGUGUUCAGGCACGACGGGAGGACGUUGGGCACAUGACCGCCACAGUUUGCCUCCUAACUGACCCUCAGUCCUCCCCUCUUCCGUUCCCCAAACACUGCGCCCGUCCUCCAAGUUGGUGUAUGUGCGGCGGUUGCAGCGCCUCGCCCUUCCCACAGGAGGAGCUGUGCUGCCGGCACAGCAGCCAGGGCGCCUGCGUGGCCGCGUCUGCGCUUUUUGACAAGCUCUUACUCCAGCGCACCUUGCUGGAGGCGCUGCUCCUCUAUCGAGAACCCCUCGCUCAGACGCCACCCAGUGCCGCCGCGCUACGCCGCUGCGCUUACCGCCAAUACGUGGCGUGGAGGUUGGGGGUCCCGCCGGUUGACACACAACCUGCCAUUCCACGCUGCUGUGUGAUAAGGAUCAGGGAGGCCUUCCCUAGUCCGGAUGGACAAUACGGUGGAUUCACCUUGGCUAACUAAGUGGAAAUGUAGACCGAGGAGGGCUUUGUCCAAUAUACCAGCUCAACAGCACAUUUUGUAUGGAUCAUGUCGUAUAUGUUUGAAACUUGAGACAAACGUUAACAUUUUGAUGAAAUUCGCUGAGAUAACAAUACAAGCAUCAUUUCAAUAAAAAGAAAAUAUUUUCUAACUCA